UCUUGGCUCAUUUUCAAUUCGACGCUCACACGGAUCGCACGGUAUUCCGCUACGCGCUUUAAAAGUCUAAAACAGUUCAAUUUGGUUGAUAAUUUUUGGUACAAUUUAAGGGCGAAAAAAGCCCAAAUCAAACUAAAUAAAAAACUUUGGUGUGUUCUACGAUUUUCUACUUAUAAACAAAUAGAGAACAACGCGAGUCUUUCCUAACAAACGCAAUGGACUAAAGCCUAAACAUUUUCACAUCAAGUUUGGCAAAUGCGAGGAAAAUGAAAUGAAAUCCAACAGAUAAACACAAAUAAAAGCAAACACGCCUUGGAGAAGCAGUGAAAACAAAGCUUAACCAAUAACGAUAAACAAAUAUUAAACAAUAAUGCACGUGUAUUUCAAGUUUGGAUUACUGCUGAUAUUUUUGCUAAGCGUAAGCAUUAGCCACACAAAUGCCGCUCCAGCGGGCAGCGAGGAGGCAAAUCUAUCGCCCAUUCCCGACGAGGACUAUGAUUAUAAUGACGAAGAUUAUAGUGACGUAACGAAAGGCGAAGAAUCGCCAGAAACAGCGGAAAAUAGACUGAUGCCACAAUCAUCCACCACAUCGACCACCACCACAUUUCGACCAAUAUUUAAUAUACCGCGACGAAGCAACCAUGUCCUGGAGCCCAGUUGCCCGCGCAACUGUCUCUGCUUGGAGGACUUUAAAUACGUCCAGUGUGCGAAUGCCCAUUUAACCCAUGUUCCCUUGGACUUGCCCAAAACGGCGGCCAUCAUCGAUCUGAGCCACAAUGUAAUUGCCGAACUGAGGCCAGAAGAUUUCGCCAAUCUGUCGAGAGCGGUGGACAUCAAUCUGAACCACAAUUUAAUUAGCCACAUAGACAAGGAGGUCUUCCAAGGCUCGGAGAGAUUACAGCGCCUGCGGCUGGCCAACAACCGGCUAACCAAAAUCGAUCCCGACACAUUUUCGGCGGCCAAGGAACUAAGCCUUCUUGAUUUGAGCAACAAUACGAUAACCCAGCGCCUGGAUGGAUCCUUUUUGAACCAACCCGAUUUGGUGGAGUUCAGCUGCUCUAAUUGCAGUUGGACGGAGUUGCCCCAAGAGACGUUCAAGAACAUGAGUGCCCUGCAAGUACUCCGUUUGAACAACAACGAUUUCAAACAGCAAAUCAAUACGAAAGCUUUUAGGCCGCUAACCAAAAUAAUAAAACUGAAGCUGCCGGAAUUGGAGAAGGAAAACAUCGAGGAGCUGUGUAAUCUACUGACCUCCAUUGAUGUGAUUAGUUUCCUGCACUUCGACAUCAGUUGCUUUGAGUUCGUAUUGGGUAAAUCCUUCAACAACAGUCUCGUUUUCCCCACGGAACAACCGCCUUUAAAAAACAUUCCGGGUCUUCCCAUCGUGACUAGCAGUACGCCAAAGGCAGUCACCUCCACUCCAGCACCGCCGAGAACUGCCAAUCGCAAUCGUGGAAAAAUGGAAAACAGCACGGAGUUGGUCAAAGCCGGAAUCCUAAGUUCGACGAGCAACAGCAGCGGUGUGAGUGUGGAAUCGAGUGCCGAAAAGAAGACCAACCAGGUGGAAAUCUCCCCGGACGCCAUUAACACUCUGCUCAUCUGCAUCAUAAUUUUAGCCGGGAUUGGUAUCAUCAUCGGACUCAUUUGCCGCAAGGAUAUUGGCGGUAUAAAAACCAAAUGCUGCCGCACAAGCAAACCCGAACCAAAGGAUCAGGUCCAUCCCACUGAGGAGAUACCACUGAAUAAGUUAGCCUAAGAACACUUUCCAAAUCAACAAAGAAAACAACGAAAAAAAGAGAGUCAUAUCCUCCCGUUUUGAGAACAAAUUCCAUUUUGACAGCAUUUUUGAUAGAUUGUAUAGUAGGUAUACGUCGUGAUGUACAUGGCUAAAUAGUUAACUACUUUGACUCGGUCAACUCGGUUCAACUGUCGUUACACCUAAUUGUUUGUCCGCACAAUAAUAACCAGGAAAUAAAUUCCAACUAUCCGAUGUUAGGUUCUAGUUGUUAGUCGGAGUAGGUUAAUAAGUUGCCUAGUCUCUUAGCGUUCUUUUCCUUACGGGAGCUUUGUAAAAGGGAUACCACACAUACUUCUGGCACUGUCCUAGGUUUAGUUUCAAACAAAUUCCAUAGCAGCCACUAAUUUAAUGUAAACCUAGAUACUUUAGCUUUUAGCCUUAGACCUUUGCCAAAAUACAAUAAAAGUAAUUAUUGUAAAUAGUAGAAAAGGA